AUGUCAUUGUUGAGCUGUUUCGAUUUCUUUACAACGAUAACAUCGUCGCAAGUGAAUUGGAAAGAACAAUUCCAAGGAUGGAGGAGAAGAGUUUCCUUCCUUCUUGCUCUUCUCAUCAUUCUCUCCGUGGUUGGUUUUUCUAUCGGCUACUUUGCAGGUCAUGAUUUGAAAGGAGCCUCGACGUGGCGUCUUGGCUUUGUGAUGAUUAUUUCGGUUGCAUUUGGCUAUGCUCUCGUUCAGUCUUCAUAUGGGUUCGGAGCUCACUUCCGAGUGUUUUACAAACAACAAUAUGAGUUGGUGGAUAUCAAGAAAAUUCAAAAUUCAUCGGAUGAUGAUACUCAAAAACUCAUUCACGAAGGCCAAACGAAGGAAGAAGCAGUGUCUAAUCCUCAUCGUGAUGAAGAAAAAGAACAACCACCUAAGGAAAUUAUUCUCACUCCCGAUAAAGCUCUUCCGCAAUACUCGACUAUGCAAGCUCAUUGCAUCAUGCUUGCGGUGGCUACCUUCCUCUUCUCCAUGCUCUAUAUCAUUGAUAAGGCUGCUGGAUGGCACAUGUACUCUCCAGAGGCUUCUCCCAUGACAAUUUCUAUUGUGAUUGGAGGCUUCUUGUUCGGAAUAGGAAUGCAGCUUGGUGAUGCUUGUGCCUCAGGUACUUUGUUCACUAUCGGGGGUGGAAGUUUAUGGAGUGUCUAUUUAUUGGUGUUCUUUGUGUGUGGUUCAGUAAUUGCUACUGCAUUACAAAGUGCUGGAGAUUGGAAUAUUGGGUUUAAAAAUCAUGCAGGAUUGAGUUUAUUGUUUCCAGGAACAUUUUUGAGAAAGGCCUUUGGUAUCAUGUUCUUUGAAAAAAACCCAUGGCUUGAUGUCCAUUGCAGCUGCUAUUCAUUUUUACCACAGAAGAAAAACAAGAAAAACCAGAUGGAUUUGAGUGGAGAUGCAGAAGAACAAUCUGGGCUCAUUAAUCAAGAUUAUGAAAUUGAUACUCGCUCACCACUUCAAAAAUUAAUGUCAUUUGUGUCAAUGAUUGUUUUAGAUUUAUUUAUGGACCUUGGCCUUAAUUGUUGGAUUAUUACGAGGAAAAUUCCCAAGUUUUUAGAUGGAUUUUCACUGAAGAGCUUAUCUCAUACGUUUAAGAGUCACAAACAAGGUGAUCACUCAUCAUCCAUUUUCACAACUUUGAAACGAAUUUUGAAUAAUAUUGGAAAUUGGCUCAAGAAUAACAUUGGAAUUGCUAUUGCCAAAAUUAUUGGAGGUAUUUGUAUGGGUAUUGGAGCAAAGUUUGGAUAUGGCUGUAACAUUGGAGCUUAUUUUUCUGGUGUCUCAUGCAUGUCCAUUCAUGGUUAUUCAUGGAUAACCAUGGCUCUGCUGGGUGGAUAUAUUGGAGCAGUGGUACGACCUUUGUUUGGAUACAAGAAGAGAAAAGUUGCUUGUGGAACCGUUUGCAAUACUGCUUCCAUUUAUUAA